UCCUUCCCCCCCACCCCAACUCCAAAGAACCACCACAAUGGCCACUGCUCUCCUCCCAAUCACCGCCACCCUUCUCCUCCUCCUUCUCCAAACAGAAGCCCAAACCCCUACAGCUCCAGCUCCGGCACCCCCUGGCCCCGUCAACCUGACUGGAAUUCUUGCCAAGUAUAGUCAAUUUACUACAUUUAUUCGCCUGUUAACAUCAACACAAGUUGCAAACCAAAUAGAAAACCAGAUCAACAGCUCUACCGAGGGGAUGACUCUCUUUGCACCCACCGACAAUGCCUUCAACAACCUUAAAGCCGGUACUUUAAAUGGUCUUACCCAACAACAACAACUUCAGCUUAUUUUAUAUCACGUUUUACCUAAAUUCUACACUUUAAGUAAUCUUCUACUAGUUAGUAACCCAGUUAGGACUCUAGCCACUGGCCAAGACGGCAGCGUUUUCGGCCUUAACUUUACAGGUCAAAGUAACCAAGUCAAUGUUUCAAGUGGCGUUGUUGAGACUCAAAUUAACAAUGCUUUAAGGCAAGAUUUUCCUUUGGCCGUUUACCAAGUCGACAAGGUACUGUUGCCUGAGGAGUUGUUUGGUGACAAGACAUCUACGGCAGCCCCGGCACCUACGUCUAAGACCUCUCCCGGUGGAUCCAAGAACAAUACGGUGGUGGGUUCACCGUCCCUUGCCGACGAUUCACCAGGAGACAGUUCAAAUGAUGGAAAGAGGAGUGAGGUGGCUUUUGGGUUUGCUGUUGGGUUAGGCUUUUUUUGCAUGGGAAUUCUUGCUUGAGAGAGAUUUGGAUAAUGCAUGUGUUUUUUAUUUUCUUAUUUUUAUUUGUAUGUUUUUUCUUUUUUGAAAAUAUUUUUAUUUGUAUCUCGUGUGCUUUUGACACGAAACUAUUUCCCGAUCUAAUACUAUUUUCAAACUAUUUUUCAAUCUAA